UUUCAGAGCAUGUCUAACCUUGCUUUUCGUUCCACUUCAAACAUUUUACUACGUAUAAAAAUUGAAUAACAUUACAACAUCUGUGUCAUACAUAAAUGAAGACAUAAUCAUGAUCGGAAGUAAUUUACGCCAAAUUAUGUAGCAAUUUACGCGCAAAGGACUCCACUAUCUGUGAAAGGUCGCACAUUAUUUUCGUUCCGAAAGAAUGUACGAGUUAAUAUGCUUCUGCAAAAUGCGUUGCAAGGUAUCCUGGUUGUAUAUAAAUCAACGAAGGCUCGCCAGUUUGAAAUCUUGUUCUUCUUCAACUCUGCGCGCUCUUAUAAAGUACAGAAAAUUAUUUUGCGACAUUCAAUUAUGUCUUAUAUACUAUUUGCAGUUUUCUUCGUUACGGGCAUUCUAAGGGACCGUGCUCUGGCACAGGAUACGAUUACUUUUGGCAGUAAUGCAGUUGUGUCAUCAACUUACAGUGACACAGGUUAUUCGUGUUGUGUUCCAAGGGAAAACUGCCCAUAUUCCAAUACGGGAAUCGAUAUUCGAAUUGUUAAUGGAAAUUCGAAUUGUCCCGCUGGCCAAGUGUGUUGUUGCUCUUCUUCUUCGGGAAACUUGGUUGACUCUAGUUGCGGUGUCAGGAAAAUUCCAGUAUCUGCACAUCCUCAAGGUCAAGCCAGUUACGGAGCAUAUCCCUGGCAAGCUGCACUUUUAACGACUAACGACGUUUAUGUUGGUUCGGGUGUACUUAUUACUCCAAACCAUGUGUUAACUGUCGCCCACAAAGUAGCAUCUUACACAAAUGGCGGACUUAAAGUGAGAUUAGGAGAAUGGGAUGAACAGUCCACCAGUGAGACUUAUCCAUAUCAAGAAUAUUCAAUUAAACGAAUAUCUAUACACUCUCAAUUCAAUUCUGCUAAUCUUCAAAAUGAUGUAGCAGUAAUAACUUUAAAUAGUACUGUUCCAAUUUCAAGCAGUCCUAAUAUAAACACUGCAUGUCUUCCUUCAGGAAUACCUGCAGCUUCUACAAGAUGUUGGGUAUCAGGCUGGGGAAAGGAUGCAUUUGGUACAAAUGGCAAAUAUCAAAGUAUAACAAAAGAAGUAGAUGUACCAAUUGUUGAUCAAUCAACCUGUGAAAAUGCUUUAAGGCAAACUAGGCUUGGACGUUCCUUUAUGUUGAAUAAAAAUAGUUUCAUAUGUGCAGGGGGGGAACAAGGAAAGGAUGCAUGCACAGGUGAUGGUGGUUCACCAUUAGUAUGUCAAUUUGGUAAUAACCAAUGGCAAGUUGUUGGAAUAGUUGCAUGGGGUAUUGGUUGUGCAACUAGUAAUAUUCCUGGUGUAUAUGUCAAUGUGUAUAAUUAUAUUCCAUGGAUUACACAACAAAUAACUCAGAGUAAAUGAUUAUACAAAAUGUAAUAAAUGUCUUACAAAUUGA